UUCACUGAUACAUUACUAAUGAAAAAGAAGUUGUUAUAAAUGAAUGUGAGACUUUAAAUAUUGUCGCAGAUUAAUUCUAACCUAAGAGGCAGACGACGUAGGACCUAGUACUCAUCAUCGCGUCAUAUAUGUACCACUGUAUCUGCAAGAAUUUUAUAAUUUUUAUUCAGAAUUCACUAACUCAAAAUGGAUAAAACUGCUACCGAUUUCACGACAUUAAGUUUCGAAUCAGCCGUACAAGAGACUUUGUCACAAGGCGCUGGAGGAAUAUCCACGUUUGCAGUGCUACUUGCGGCAUUCUCAGUUUUGUUUUUGUCAUACUUAUCGACACGAAAUAAGUGGGAUAUUCGAGGAAAGGACGAGAAGAAAGAGAAACCGAAAGGCUUAGACAGCAUUGCAGGACCAAAACGACUCCCACUUAUCGGGAAUUUGCUAGACAUCAAAUAUAAUGUGGAAGAAAUGGAUGACUUCUUCCUUGAGACUGCUGCAAAAUACCCAAAGCGAGCACGCUUCAAUGUUCUCGGGGAGAAUUUUAUUAUUAUUUACAACGCUGAAGACAUGAAAGAGAUUCUCCACACGAAGCAAUACAUUCAGAAAAGUGCAGAAUAUGAUGUUUUCACAUGGAUUGGGAAAGGAGUCUUGACAGCAGAUGAGAACUUAUGGAUGAAAACCCGUCCCGUGCUGGACAAAGGUUUCCGUCACCAAAUGCUCAACAAAUAUCGUGAUGUCUUCUGCAACAAGACGAGGCAAUUAAUGGAUGUACUCAAGGACCGGGUGGCCAAGCACCCCGAUGAGGCAUUCAAUAUCUUUCCCCUCAUCUUUGACACAGGAUUUGACAUCAUUUCGGAAUCCGUUAUGAACACCCCUUCAAACGUCUUGGGAGGAGUUGAUAAGAACGUAUAUUCUCCCAACAUGGACAGGGCUGCUGAUUUUUUUCAUUAUCUUCACUUCCGACCAUUCUUUUACAAAACGACCCUAGGACGAUUUUUAUGGCGGCAUAGCAAAGAUGGGAAGGAAGAAGCGGAAUGUCUCAAGACCUUGAAUGAUUUUAGUCAGAACCUUAUGCAAAAUCGCAAACGAGCGUUGGCUCAAGAGCCGGACCAGGAUUCUCAGAAUGCUACAUCUCUCUUGGACAUUAUGCUAUUAGAACAAAAGACUAAUCCUCGCUGGACAGAUAGGCAGAUUAGGGACGAAAUUGACACAUUUUUAACCGGAGGUCAUGGAGCAACGACAGCUACGUUUGGCAUGUUCAUUCAAUUAAUGGGUGCUCAUCCUGACAUUCAGGAAAAAGUUUAUCAAGAAGUCAGCGCUGUUUUUGACGGGGAUUCCCAAAGAGAACUAACACUGGAUGAUUUAAAUAAGUUAAAGUAUACAGAACUUUGCAUCAAAGAAUGUCUCCGCCUUUAUCCUGGAGUCCCGAUAUUUCCACGAGCCGUUUUAAGACCAUUGACUUUAUCAGAUGGAACGGUCGUACCAGUUAAUACGACCCUGUUGCUUAUUCCUUUCUUGCUUCAUCGUGACCCUGAGACAUUUCCUGACCCUGAGAAAUUCAUUCCCGAGCGAUUCGAGGUGGGUCAUAGUGAUCGACACCCUUAUUCUUGGAUCCCAUUCUCAAAGGGUCCUAGAGAUUGUAUAGGAAAGGCGUUCAGCAUGAUCGAAAUGAAAGUGUACGUUGCGUAUUUAAUGAAUAAUUUUAAAGUCGUAAAAGCAGUUAAUACUGAGGAUAUGACUGUAUUAUUAAGGAUAUUUCUGAAGUCAAAGACCGGAAUUCAGAUCAAAUUAGAGCCACGCUACUAAUAAAUGUAUGUGCAUGUGGUUAAAAAGCACACUAUAAUGUCUAUAAUAACCUGUGAUUUAGCUAUGUAUAAAUUAUAAUUAUAUCAGAGUAAUAAAUGUAUUUUUUAAAUGGG